AUGCCCGCCGCCGCAACCCCCCAAUCACCUUCGUCGACUGUCUCGUCUACCCCGUCAUGGGACAGCAGCAGGCAGCGAGCAGGGAAUGAGACUCCUUGGACAGAAGUCAGCGACAAUGGCUCCACCACCAACGUCGCCAUCGUCGGUCUCGGCUGCCGCGUCUCUGGCAACAACAACUCCCCGGAGGAACUCUGGUCCACCAUUCUCCAAAAGCUCGAUACGUCUUCGGAGAUCCCCGCCGCAAGAUGGGAGCCCUAUCAUCGCCGCGACGCACGCAACACCAAGACCCUCGCCAACGUCACAAAUCGCGGCUACUUCCUCUCCAAUUUGCCCGCCUUCGAUGCUGGCUUCUUUGGAAUCUCGCCUAAAGAAGCCGAGCAGAUGGACCCGCAACAGCGCCUCUCCCUCGAAGUGACGUGGGAAGCACUAGAGAACGCUGGCAUUCCGCCACAGAGUUUGUCCGGGUCGGACACAGCCGUCUUUAUGGGCGUUAACAGUGACGACUAUUCGAAGUUGCUGCUGGAGGAUAUCCCGAACGUGGAGCCGUGGAUGGGGAUUGGAACUGCGUACUGUGGGGUUCCGAACCGCAUCUCCUAUCAUUUGAAUCUGAUGGGCCCGAGCACGGCCGUAGAUGCGGCGUGUGCAAGCUCACUGGUUGCGAUCCAUCACGGGGCCCGAGCUAUCCUGGACGGAGAAUCCAAGGUCGCGAUAGCUGGUGGAGUCAACGCGCUGUGUGGGCCUGGUCUGACCAGUGUGCUGGACAAAGCCGGGGCUACGUGCAAGGAAGGCUCUUGCAAGUCGUUCGACGACUCUGCGAAUGGCUAUGGGAGAGGCGAAGGUGCUACGGUGGUCAUCCUGAAGCGUAUGGAGGAUGCUGUUAAAGACGACGACAACAUCAUCGCUGUCCUGCGCGGGUCUGCUGUCGGCCAAGACGGCAAGACCAAAGGGAUUAUGGCUCCGAAUGCCAAAGCCCAGGAAGCCGUUGCCAGGAAAGCGCUGUCCGUUGCGGAUAUCGACCCUUCGACUGUGGGCUACGUCGAAGCCCAUGCCACGUCAACCUCUCUCGGCGACCCCACUGAGGUAUCUGCUAUCUCAGCUGUGUACGGGCAAGGCAGACAAGAUGACCCCUGCUUCAUCGGGUCUGUGAAGCCCAAUAUCGGACAUCUCGAAGCUGGUGCUGGUGCUGCAGGCUUCAUCAAAGCCGCCUUGGCAGUCAACAAGGGAAUACUCGCACCGCAAGCUAACCUCACCACGCUGAACUCCAAGGUCGACUGGAAGAAAGCCGGUGUUCAAGUCGUCCAAAACACGGCCCCGUGGCCCGAGUCUGAGGAAGUUCGACGUGCCGGCAUUUGCUCUUACGGAUACGGCGGCACAGUGUCGCAUGCCGUUAUCGAGCAGUACAUCAAGCCUCAACAUCCCCUGGUCGAAGAAGGGGCAACAACUGGGCCCCGGAUCUUGCUCCUCUCCGCACCCCAAGAGAAGAGACUUGCCAUCCAGGCCGACCCGCUGCAGGAAUGGAUCGCUUCGGACGACGGCAAGCAAUACGACCUCACCUCCAUCGCCAAUACGUUGAGCACUCGCCGAGGCCAUCACGACUACCGCGCCGCCUUUGUCAUUGACGACCACGAGGAUGCGGCUGCAACCCUCAAAGCCUUCGCCGAAGGUUCUGCGAACGAGUGGACUACAUCAAGUCGAGCCCUAGGUGCCGACCAGCCCGUUGUUUGGGUCUUCUCAGGCCAUGGCGCGCAGUGGGUGAAUAUGGCCAAGGAACUCAUCGGCAACCCUGUCUUCUACCGUGCCGUCAGCGCUCUCGAUCCGAUCGUGCAGACCGAGAUGGGCUUCUCCGCAUUGGAAGCGCUCAAGACUGGGGACUUCGAGACCUCGACUCAGGUGCAGGUCCUGACCUACAUCAUGCAGGUUGGGCUCAUGGCUGUUCUUCGAUCCAAAGGCAUCAAGCCUGACGCAGUGAUCGGCCAUUCCGUUGGUGAGAUUGCUGCUACCGUCGCGGUGGGCUCGCUAUCUCCUGAAGAGGGCGCUCUCAUCGUCACUCGCCGCGCAAACCUCUACAGCCGUGUUGCUGGAUCGGGGGCUAUGAUUCUCGUCAACAAGCCCUUCGCAGAAAUGCAGGAGAAACUAAGUGGCCGUUCUAACCUAGCCCCCGCUAUCGAUUCUUCACCAUCAUCUUGCGUGAUAUCUGGAGAAAAGAAGUCAGUCGAAGAGUUCACCGAAGAGCUGAAGACACAAGGCAUCAAGGCAUUCCGUAUCAACACUGACAUUGCCUUCCACCAUCCUGUGCUAGAAACCCUUCGCAAGGACCUCACCACCGCUCUCACGGGGGCUAUCAAGCCGCAAGCACCGAAAGUACCACUCUACUCCACCUCGCUCUCCGACCCUCGCGGUGACGCUCUCCGCGAUGUCAAUUACUGGCUGGAGAACAUGAUCCACCCUGUCCGUCUCACAUCUGCCGUCGGGGCAGCUCUGGAGGAUGGCCACAGAGUCUUCCUCGAAGUCUCCACCCAUCCCAUCAUCGCACACUCCAUUAGCGAGACCAUCAUGGACAAGGGAAUCGAGGAUUUCAAGGUCGCCAACACUAUGACGCGGAAUAAGCCCUCGGAGAAAUCGAUCCUCUCCAGCAUCGCCCAGCUGCAUUGCAAUGGCGUAGCUGUGGACUGGAAGAAGCAAAUGGGAACUGAAUGGUCGACCGCCGUACCCCUCACGACCUGGAGCCACAAGGAUAUCUGGCGAGCCAUUGAAACAGGUCCUUUGAACGUUUCGACGACGCACGAUGUGGAUAAGCAUACUCUUCUUGGGGAGAGAACUGCGAUUGCAGGAGAGACCACGGUGGUGUACCGCACCGUCAUCGACGACCAGACGAAGCCGUUCCCUGGUAGCCAUCCGCUGCACGGUUCAGAGAUCGUGCCUGCUGCCGCCCUUUGCAACACAUUCUUACACUCCACCGGCGCAACCACACUCUCCAACAUCGUCCUCCGCGUCCCGGUCGCAAUCAGCCAGAAGCGCGAUAUCCAAGUCGUGGUCCACCCCGGUCAAGUCAAGAUUUGCUCUAGGCUGGCCCAGGAUAAGAGCGAGCAGCAAGAUGAUGCCUCUUGGCUUACCCACACAACCGGCCGAUGGGCCUUGGAUACUACACCCGUGGAACCCGAGAAAUUCGACGUCGAAGCCAUCAAAUCGCGCAUCGGCGCAAAGCUCGCGGACAACUUCUCCAUCCACUACCUUGACAAAGUUGGCGUCUCCGCUAUGGGAUUCCCGUGGGCCGUAACGGAGCACUACGGCAACUUGAAGGAGAUGAUCGCGCGUGUGGACGUCUCUCCAGAGACUGCUGCUGGCGAGGCGCUGCCGUGGGAUGAGUACUCGUGGGCACCGAUCUUGGAUGCUGCGACGUCUGUUGGUUCGACUAUCUUCAUGGACAAGCCUGCUCUUCGCAUGCCAGCGCAGAUCGAGAAGGUUUUCAAGUACACGAGCCAGCCACCACCGAAGGUUGGCUAUUUGUAUGUCGAAGAGGCUACGGAUACCACACUGGCUGUCCACGUCACCGUCCUCAACGAGAAUGGGGAGGCAGUCGCCAAGUUCCAGUCCAUGCGAUUCUCUGAAAUCGAGGGUACUCCCGGUGUCAGUGGCAGUGUGGAGAGCCUGGUUCAUCAACUUGCAUGGCCUCCGGCUGCGUACAGCGAAGAGGCAAUUCCUAUCGAGCACGUUGUUCUGGUUUCCCGUGACCUGCAGCUCUCUGAGAAAUAUGCCGUCUACCUUAGUGACCGAGUGCGCUCCGUCACGACCUUGACGUCUGCAGAUCAGCUCUCGGCGCAAGAUGUGAGCGAGAAGGGCACUGCCAUCGUAUACGUUCCUGGACGCGUCACUUCGCAAGAGCCGCUCGCAGCAGUCUCGCAGUCCUUCAUCUUCGAGCUCCUCGAUAUCGUCAAGUUCAUCGUCAACACCGAGCUCUCUGCUAAGGUCUUUGUCUUGACAGACCGGGUGUCUACUAGUGAAACCGUCACAGCUCUUACGCAGUCGCCCCUUCAUGGUCUUACGCGCAUUAUCGCUUCUGAGCACCCUGAAGCCUGGGGCGGUCUGAUCGAUCUCGAGACCCCCAUCUUCCCCCUGGAGACGAUGAAAUACGUCCGCGACGCCGACAACAUUCGAAUCGUCGAUGGAAUUCCACGAGUGGCACGACUCCGUUCCCUUCCCAGGGAGAAGCUCCUGCCCGCCGCUGAGCAAAACAACCUCACAAUCAGACCUGAAGGCACUUACAUGGUCACUGGAGGCCUGGGAGCUCUGGGUUUCGAAGUCGCCGAAUUCCUCGUCGAAAAAGGCGCUCGACGUCUCAUCCUCGUCUCUCGCCGCGGAAUGCCCGCACGCAGCGAAUGGCCUGCUCUGCUCAAGUCGGACUCUCCUCUCGCUCCAGCCCUCAAGCGGAUUCAACUUCUCGAGUCUCACGGCGCAGUUGUGUACACCCUUGCCGUCGACAUGUCCGCCUCCGACGCAGAAUCCCAACUUCGCUCCACCAUCGACACCCUCCCCUUCCCUCCAGUCACCGGCGUCGUGCAUGCUGCCGGUGUGCUGGAAGACGAGCUGGUCCUCGAAACAACCCAACCCUCCUUCCAACGCGUCCUCGCGCCCAAAAUCACCGGCGCCCUAGCCCUGAAUUCCCUAUUUCCUGUCGGCUCCCUCGACUUCCUCACUCUCUUCUCCUCCUGCGGCCAGCUCUUCGGCUUCCCCGGCCAAGCCUCGUACGCCUCAGGCAACGCCUUCCUCGACGCCCUCGCCACCCAGCGCCGCAACCUCGGCGACAACGCCAUCGCGCUGCAGUGGACCAGCUGGCGCGGGCUGGGCAUGGCCGCCAGCACCGACUUCAUCAACGCCGAGCUCGCGUCCAAGGGCAUCACGGAUGUGACGCGCGACGAGGCGUUCCGCGCCUGGCAGCACGUCGCCAAAUACGGCAUGGACCAUGCCGUAGUCCUCCGCGCGCUGCAGCUUGAGGCCAACGAGCCGCUGCCCAGCGCCAUGCUGGCGGAUAUCGCGCCGCGGAAGCAGGCCGAGGCGGGCGCUGCAGCCCCUGCGGCGAGCGCAGAGGCCGUGCCGACGGAUGCGGCGGGGAAGAAGGCGUAUCUGGAUGCGAAAAUCCGGGAGUGUGUGGCGAAGGUGCUGCAUAGCAGUGCUGACGAAGUGGACUCGAAGGCGCCCUUGAGCGAUUUGGGGGUGGAUAGCGUGAUGACGGUGAGCUUGAGGAGCCAGUUGCAGAAGACGUUGGGGGUCAAGGUGCCGCCGACGUUGACGUGGAGUUGCCCGACCGUGGGACAUUUGACUGGGUGGUUUGGGGAGAAGGUGUAGGAGUGAAAGGCUGGCGACGAGAAGAAAUGGUAGGAAAAUUGGAUAGAUGAGGAAUUUUGUUUUACUUUCUUUCGAUGUAAUUUUGUAUAUGUCAUUUAGUUGUUAGAACGGUACUCUAAAUCGAAAGAGAACUUCUUCUUUGAAAGUGCCAAUGUCCUAUACUAUCCUGCGAUGCAUCAUCCUCACGAACUCACACGAGGUGCAAAUGUCAAGACAAAUCAAACUGGAGUGAUCCCAAUUGCUUCUAAUCGACCUG